AUGAUUUCUCUCAAGUCGCAGCCAGACGGCUCCCCUCUGGACCGCAAACAAGCCGUCCGAGACGCCCCUGGCUCACGGGUCGUCUCCAAGCCCGUGCCGGAAGCACAGGUGCAGGACCCGCGAGGCUACCAGAUUGAGCAGCUGAAGAGGAGAUUCUCGCCCAAAGUGUCUACGACCGCAGCCGGAGAGACGUCGCUGGUGUUUAAGCUCAAGCCCUCGGAUCCGGAUUUCCCCUUUGAGCUGCCGUACUUGGAGUGCGAUGUCCGCGUCCCGGAGGAGUACCCGGAGGAAAGGCCGGUGCUGCUCGUCAGGAAUAAGGACAUACCCAAGGGGUUCAGCAUCAACAUUGAGAGGGGAUGGGAUAGGCUUGCCGAGGAGAAGAAGGGGUCGACUCUCUUGGCGCUGGUAUAUGCUUUGGAUAGGAAUCUGGAACGAUUCCUGUCGGAGCAGAAAGUUGAGACGAUCAAACUGGUAUCGUUCAAAGACACGAGGCAUCUCGAUCAUGCAGCGGAACAGAAACAGUCCGCUGCGAUUGCGCCUCCCACAGUACAAAAGCAGGCUGCUCCCAGACCUCCUCCAAGGCGUUACGUCCCGGAGCCAUCAUACACGAGGGAGCAGAUUGCGGAGGCAAAAGCACGACGAGCUCAGGAGAUUCGGCAGCUCGAGGCGAGGAUGGGCAGGAUGCCACAGUUUCGCCGGUCGGCAGACGGUGUCGUCUUCACACUGCCCAUCGAGCCCAAACGCCGUGGGGAGCUCCCCUCUGGGUUACAUUCAGUGAACAGCAUUCACCUCAUCGUCCCACUGCUGUAUCCGCUGCAGCAGCUGCGAGUGCAGCUGAAUGAAGCAAACGCCGAGGAUGCGGAACCCAUCGAGGAGCUCUUUGCGGAAAAGGCUGCGGAACAGAAGCAAAUGACCCUCAUGAGCCAUGUCAACUACUUGGCCCAAAACCUCCAUAACCUCGCAAAGCAGGCGCACGAACUGGCACCUCAACAGCAGGUGUCGUCGCAAGUUUCCAGGGAUGCGUCGGCCGGCUCGUCGCAGCCGCUUGAUAAGGGGAAGGGGCACAUCCAGGUCAUUCCUCGACCCCCCGAAUGGAACGUUCACGAAGAAGGCGAAUCAGAAGAGGAUAGCUACUCGGAUUCGGACGACGAUGCAGAAGACGGCGGUGCCAUGCUGGGGCACGAGGACGAGGGCGCGAAAGUGCCUUCAUCCGACGAUGCGGUCGAACACGGCACCAUGAUAUCCUUCCCAAACAUUGAACUUCACAGCAUCGAGCUUUUACAGGUUUCCAUACUGAGUCUAAGCGUCAAAUGCGAGCGUUGCAAGACGGUGAACGACAUGACUGGACUCAAACCAGGAGUGGAAAAGACGUCGAGCUGCAAGAAGUGCGCCACAACCCUCACCGCCAAGUUUAGUCAACAGCUUGUUCAUCAGAACUCGACAAGAGCUGGCUUCAUUGAUCUCUCAGGUGGCAAGGUGGCAGAUAUGCUGCCGAGUACUUUUGUGCCUACGUGCGCCAAGUGCUCGACUCCCAGCCAAGGGCUUGUUUCCGUCAGGGGCGAGACUACGACCAACGUCUGCCGCGACUGCCACAGCAAGUUCACCUUCAAGAUCCCCGAAGUCAAGUUCCUCUUUGUCUCCCCUGGAACGCUUCCUCCGCCCUCCGUUGGCCCCCGACGGAAGCAAGAGAAGCUCGGACUGCACGCGGGCGACCAGCUUCCGGAUCGGGGCACCUGCUCCCACUACCGCAAGUCUUACCGGUGGUUCCGCUUCUCGUGCUGCAACCGCGUGUACAAGUGCGACAAGUGCCACGACCAAGCCGAGGACCACGUCAACGAGUGGGCAAACAGGAUGAUUUGCGGCUUCUGCAGCCGCGAGCAGAACUACGCCGUGGAGGCGUGUCGCUUCUGCGGCCGGAGCGUGAUUGGGAGGAGGGGGAAAGGAUUCUGGGAGGGUGGCAAGGGGAAUAGGGAUAAGACGACGAUGAGGAGGAACGAUACGAGGAAGUAUAAGAGGAUUGGGGGGUCUGCGGCCAAGAAGGAUUGA